CUGGCAGAGCCCGCCCCGGCGGACUGGCAGCGCUGCGGGGCUCGGGGGCCGCCCGCACCAUUUCAGGCCAUCACAUGAUGCUGUUUGAGGCGGCCUGCACUGAGCUGUGGCUCUGCGUGGGCAAUGCUGAUGCCUGAAUUUUCAGAAAUGCCAUCCCUGAUGAAUUGCUCAAUAUGCAGGACAAAAAAGAUGCCAAGUUCCUGUGCUCAUUCCUUCCGGCAGAGCAAGGAGGGGGGAAAAGCAGCUGCUCUUUGGCAAGCGCCCUUUUCACUUUUCUCCAGCCUUCUCUCUUGUCCCUCCUCUGCUCAACUGACAUGGAGAAGCUCAUGGACUUCAUCUUCCUGGUGUUCCUGUCAGCGUCCUGUGCUGCAGAGAAUGUCACUGUGGUGUACGGAAUGGAGGGGGGCACCAUCUCUGUCAACUGCACCUACGACCCCUGGCAGCAGCGCUGGAGAGAAAAGAGCUGGUGCAAGCAGAUCGCUGAGACCAAGUGCCAACGCGUGGUGAGCGCCCGGCGCUUCUGGCUGCCGUUCCUGCGGAACAGGAAUGGCACCACCUCCAUCAGGGACAAUGUCCAGGACGGCGUCCUGACAGUGACCAUGAAGCGACUCAGGAAGCAGGACGCAGGGAUGUACCAGUGCAGAAGUGACUUCCUCGGGGAGACAAGCAGCUUAGGCUAUGUGCAAGUGGAGGUGCUGACAGCUGCCCUGGAGACCCAGCUGCCAGAGGAGCCCCGAGCUGUGCAGAGCAUCUCCAGCAUCCCUCUUGAAGCUGAUUUCACCAUCUUCUACAUCAUUGCUGGGUUCCUGGUUACGAAGUUCAUGGUGGCUGUGCUGAUCUUCACCAUUGGCAACAGCAGGAGGAACAGAGAAACAGGGCAGAAGAACCCAAACUCGAACGAGCAGCAGGUCCUCCCUUCGGCUGGUGACCUUGCACGGGACGGCAUUGGGCCCUCCUGGGAGAGCACUGCCUAGAGCUAAACCAACGGGACUCCACGGCCAGCGGAACACCAAGCACCUCCAGGCAAAGCUUUGCCACCUGCUGUAAGAAAAUAUCAGCUACUAAACAGGUAUCAAUGACCCUAGCACUCGAGAGAGGGAACGGCACCAUCUACUCCCUCUUCUCUUUGGUGCUGACCAACGUUUCCUAACACAAGUGAACUGAAAAGAUGCUGCCAGUAACACCAGAACCUAAUGGAAGAGGAUGGGAUUGAGGGCCGGGGGAAAGAAGGAAUACAAAGGCUUCCUGCCAAGAGAUCUGGCACAGACUUAUCGAUGUGCCAAGAUGCUUCCCAGGCAUGGAAAAGGUGAGGGAGCUCUUCUCAGUUUUCCAGCUCAUUGCUCGGCCAGAACAAACUUUGCUGCUCUAUACAGCUACUGACAAAUGCUUUGUUAUAAAUAAAACUAUGAAUACAGCCAUGAACAUAAACAGCAGUUCAAGUAACACACCUCAAUGACCACGUGUUGAGCAGCUCACAAACACAUCUAUAUCAUGUAAAAAUGGAAAGACAAGGUUCAGUCUGAAAUCUUCAAGAAACUUCUGAUUCACUGAAGGUCAGUGUUAAAGAAGUAAUAUUUUUUUCAGAGUAUCUUAUAUCUUCUCCCAAUGCUUCAUGCUUCCCCCAAGAGCACUAAAUAUAACCAGAACUAGAUGGUUUGUAUUGUAAACUGCUGUCUAUAAAUCACCUUUUUAACUGAGAUCUCACUCGCUAAAGCCCGAAGCUUUCGGCACACUUCCAGCAACGCAGCGCUCCGCUGUCAGCUCGGUCGCUUCCAGCAGCCGCCCGCACCAGCAGGGAGAGCGAUUCGGAUUCUCAGCCCCAGUGUCACUGCCCCGGGGCCAGAACUGGCACCCAGCAAGCUCGUGGCAUCUCAGAGCAGGGCCAGCUGCGGGGCCCUGCCUGCCCGAGGCGAGGAGGGAGAGCCGGCUGCCGGGACUGCCACGGACAGCGCGCAUCCUUGGUGAGAGGCGCAAGGAGCUGCAGAGCACGACACAAGGGAUGUGCAGUCCACCCGCAGCUCAGAGCCUGCUUCCCCAUUCCUCAAAUGAGUUUGGAACAAAGAACCAACUGUCUCUCUGUAUUUCUCCCCACAUUUCUUCUGCCCUCUCAAGAGGAUGUUACCAACACGUGAUCGUUGUUCACCCUUCCCCAAGCGAAGCUGCGUUUAGACCUCAACCCCUAGCGCAGUCCCUGCACAGCCUGCAAAGCUAAAUAAAAUCAAACUGAUUAUCUGA